AUGUUGGUCCGCAGUCCUCGGCAGCGGUUCUCCGUGGCUUCCAGCCGGGGGGUCGGGGCUGCAGGACCCCGCGGGACGCGGGGAACCGCUCAGCAGACACCCAGAAGGCGGUGCGCCUGGCUUCGCCACCCGCAAGCUCCCGGCUGCGCUUGGGCUCCGGCCGGCGGAUCCCGGAUCGCCGCGCCCUUAGCGGACACGAGGCAGCAGACCUUACGCCGGCUCCCUCCGGAGCCACUUCUGCGCCUCGACCAGGCCGAGGGUGGUGGCGGCGGUAGCGGUGGCGGCUCCCGGGGCUUCCUCGGUUCCUUCUGUCCGGAGAAGACAACCCUAGCGCGACGAGGGCCGCCGGAGGGCCGCGGGGACACUGCCAGAGACACUUGUUUGCAAGGCUCAGCCCCGGCGCGCGCGGCGCUCCGAGCAGGUCCGCCUCCUCGCCGCCGGGUGGGCGGUGACGCCCGCGCCUCACAGCCGGGCUCCUCCUCCUGCUCCUCCUCCUUGCCAGUGAAGCCUGGGCACCCGCUCCCUUGGGUCCCUGCCCCAGUAUCCCCGGGCCAGAGCGCAAGGCUCGGGGACUGUGCGGGCCUGGCGCGCCCGGAGGAAGGCUCCUGGCUCCCGGGUGACAUCCUUCACCCUAGGAGAAAUCAGGUCGUUGCCCUCGGUGCUGAGGCGCCAUGCGCUCCCCGCGGACUUAGUUCCUCUACGGGGUUCUCCACCGGAUUAUUCCCGGUCUCAGCUGCCACCUCUGGACACUCGCAUUCUCAUGACCAGUCGAAAAACCGUUCUUGCUACUACGGGGGACCUGAGUACCCGCCACGCAAAGAAGUGACCUUUCCUGGCCUGCCCUCGGCUCAUCCUCUUCCUCCCCAGCGCCACGCGUGGCUGAGACGCCAGGGAAACUCUACCGAUGCCGAGAGGAUGGGGGUGGAGUGCCUUGAUGACAGGGUGAUGAGCAGCCCCCUGAAACAGGCCAGACUUCGGGACCUCGAAGGGCAGGGGACAGCAGAGCGGUCUGUGUCAGCUCCAGCAGCGACCGAUCUGCCCCCUCUUUUGGAUUAAAAACCCCCAGUGGCAGGCUUUGUUUGCAAAGGUCGCUGUCUUCCCCAUCUUUCAUUCUCUACUUUUUCCCCCUGGUGCUCACAAUUCGCUCAUUUUACUUCUGUCUACUUGCCUCUGUGGAGCCCACGCACAAUAAAGGGACCGCACAUCUAGCGAAUGCUUGGAGUGCGCCUUUCUUUACAUCCCAGUUUGACAGUUGGGUAUACAAACGGGCGCAAGGCCGGCGCCAGAGAGCCCCAGCAGCCUAAGCGCUGCUGCGCCCCUGGGCUUCGGGGCCCGGUAGAAGCGCUAACUGGCGUUUGCACUAGGGUAACCCAGCGCAAAAGGACACCCGGCACGGGCGCUCGGUUUUCUGAGCCCUACUUUCUUUUCAGAGCCCGCUGGGAUGUGUAGUUCCUUCUCUCGCUGUCCAACUCAGGGAGGAAACGUGACUUGAGGAUCUAAAACUACAAGUCCCUGCAACCCCUGCGACGAAGGCGGGGAAGCAAGGUACUGGGCUUUGUAGUACUCAGCGUUUGGAGAGCCACAAAGACAGCUUUGGAAAAGAUGCUUUCUCUGUGCCGGGUGGAUAUUUGCACACUGCCUGCGUUCUGUGUAAUCCUCACCACAACCCUGCGAUGCACUAUUGUACCAAGCUCAAAGAACUGCUUGCCCAACACUACAGAGCUGCCCAGUGAUAGAAAUGGCACUGAACCCAGAGCUCUGUCUUUCCCUUACAGAGCACGCCUCAGUGCUCAGUGUCAAAGAUAGAUAAGCUUGGCUAGCCAAAAGAGAAAAAGGAUGUAACCAGCUAGGAAAUGGGGGCGAUAGAAAUGGUAAUUAGAUGGGACAGGGAAUUACAAGAAGUUAAAAGCAAGUGUGAUUCUUAGGGGCUGGAUGGGGCUUUUUCUUUGUUUGCUAAGUGGAUGGGUGCAUUUUUAAAAAUAAGUUCACACUACUGUAGCUGAGGCUACUGUAGUAGUGUCCAGUUCCUGAUUCUCUGCCUUUUGCCUGCUGGGAUUUCAGAUAUGUUCCACCAAGUCCAGCUAAGGGUCUUAAGUGGACAAUUGAAAUUGAUCUUGAAUUACUUGAGAUACUGCAUGACAGACAAGCGCAUUACAGAGACAACUAAGUGCUUGGUAAGUGUGCUCUAAAAAAAAAACAACAACAACAACCACAACCAGCUCUAGCAUUUGAAGUAAAAGCUUUUAUGCUUUUCCACCCUUUAGCUGACACGAUCAAGACUUUAUUUUGUCAAAAGCACAUGUUAACUCUAUUGUCUAGGUGGCUUUAGAAAGCACCCUCUCUUGGCAUUGGGAGUGCAGCUCCGUGGUAAAGUACUUGCCCAUUCUUAUUCUCAACUAAACUGGAUUUUUCUGGCAUCUGGCACAAUUGAAAAGUCCUUAUCCUCUAGAAAUGUGUACUAAAAGCAUUUGCAAGUGAAAUGAUAGAACUUCUAGAUUGUGCUUUUCCACUCUCCAGCCCAUCCUCCUCCCACACACAAGGAGACAGAAGGAACAACUCUGGGAACUCUUGGAAAGUGUUACCAUUAUGUGAUGUAAUUGUGUUUAAUUAUCCACUGUUGCAGAUUAUCACAAACCGGAGGGUUUAAACACAACAGGUGUACCUCACAGCCUUUGUGGUUCAGGUAUCCAAGUCUUUUGAGACCUUUGCCCAUACCAUCAAGGUGUAGGCUAGGCUGUGUUCUCAUGACCUGCAGAAGAAUUCAUUUCCACACUCAUCCGGGUCACUAGUGAAUUCAUUUUAAUGCAUUUGUAAGACAGCAUCCAGCUUCUUGUCAGUUGGCCACUGGAAACUCUCUGCAGCUCCUAGAGGUCACCAGUAGUUCAUUAGCACCUUGGCAUUUCCCAGAAUUCAUUAAGCCAACAAGAAAAGCCUUCCAGCAAGCAGGCUCUAUACAUUAGAGUCAAAAAUGUACAUGUUCUAUUUAGCCAGAAAGCAAAUCAUACGCUGCAAGGUGAAGGGACCAUUUGUGGGUGUGGAUGUUAGGAUUAGUCUAUCCACCAAAGUAUGUAAGGGGUCAUCUCUUUUUUUUUUAUUAAGAUUUAUUUAUUGUUAUACGUAAGUACACUGUAGCUGUCUUGGAACACACCAGAAGAGGGCAUCAGAUCUCAUUGCGGAUGGUUGUGAGCCACCAUGUAGUUGCUGGGAUUUGAACUCAGGACCUUUGGAAGAGCAGUCAGUUCUCUUACCCGCUGAGCCAUCUCACCAACCCAGGGGUCAUCUCUUAACCAUCAUGUGUGCUUAUCUUUAUAUUUGACAACCCCAUACAAAAAGAAACAAAGCAUUUGUUGUAAAACUGUAUCUAGUGGGGUGGGGUGGAGAGAUGCCUCAGCAGGUAAGAGCCGGUUCUGCUCUUCUGUUAACUGAAGAGUUUUAUCAUCCACCUCAAGUAAAUCCACCAAGCUGUUACCAUCUGUGGCACUUCACACCAACAUCUACCUUUCUUGCAUUGUUAGUGCUAUCUUUGAUGCCAGUGGUCUUUCUCAGAUCGUGGCUGACUUGGUGGACCCACUGGCAAAGGGGGUUGCUUUAUAAAUAAAACUGGAGGUUUGUUUCUUUCAUCUGAGCAGCUCAAACCAUUCUAGAAGCCUCCUUGUUAGUUCGGAGAACACCUUAAGGCAGCUGGCAUGGAGGGUGAGCCUAACCACUGUGCAAGGCAACACAUUCAAGUUCCCGGAUGCUUUGUGAGUUCCUGGGUGCACCUCUCAGGGCCAGCAUGGUAUGCCCUUAGGGUGGUCAGGUGCAUAAGAUCAAAGGAGCAGAGUCUUAAGAGAACUCUAGAGAACUAGAGAACUUUGGAAUGACCUCAAGACACUUCAUUCCAAGUAGAAAUACUGCAGAAAAUCAGACGCCGUCAUCCUUCCCAACCCAGAGACUCUGCUCAUGUUCCUGUGGCUGCUCAGCGCGCCUGGAAACAUUUUAGCCUCAAAAUGCAAAAUGUUUAAAGUAACGCACGCAGCGUGCCACAAACCAAAAAUGAAGUAAAGCAGGGGGGUUUAAUGUGAAAAUCUCUUAUGAUUUUUUUCAAGCAAUUUUUUGUCCUUUCACACAAAAAUAUUGCUUCCAUGUUUAUAAAAUAGCACGUACUGAAAACUGGUACCACCCGUGACUGUAUAAAGAAGGUAGAUUACUCAAAAUCCCAUCACCACACAGAAUCGUGAUCGCUCCAUAUACUGUUUAUACAUUGGCUAUUUAACAAGAAUCAUUGCCUGCCUGCUGUUUUUUAUCUUGUAUGCUCUCUUUUGCUGUGUGUUUGUGUGUGUUACAUAUACAGGGAAGCCAGAGAGCAAGCGAGGGAAAGGAAGAGGGGAGGGAGAGGAGAGUUUGUAUUAUACUUUCACUUGCUGCCUGGAUCAAACCCUCCCGUGUUCACUUUGCCAGCUCAAGACCAACCCAGAGCCAUGCACUGCACUGUCUUCAGACUCGGUCCCCUUCGACACAAACCCAUCCACUUUCUUUGAGUUCCUUCAUCUCAGAGUCACGGAAGAAUACAGGCCAUGCAUUUUGUAAGCUAUCCAUUUGGGUUUGCCUAUGGUUUCUUCACAGUCACAUUCGGGAGCAGGCUCUUGCAAGGUCCCAGCUGUGUUACACAGGAAAUGGUGGCAGACAGCAGGCAUCGUUUGGCUGCUGCAGCCAAAACUGCAUGGCUCUGUCACAGUUGGCCAGCUGCUUCCCGGCCUCCAGGUCGCAGAAUACGUCCAUGUGUACUCUGUCUACCCGAGCUGGGUAAAUUUCAGGUGUUGAACAAGCACAUCUAAGUUUGGGACCCUAAAUGCAGAUCCCAAGAAAUCAAAAGGACAAACUCUGGUUUUGUGGCAUUUCAGAGAUGCAAAGGCCCCAGGUGUUGCUACUGAAUUGUAAAGUGUGCAACAGCAGCAUGUGUUCGUUCUCUCUCUCUCUCUCUCUCUCUCUCUCUCUCUCUCUCUCUCUGUGUGUGUGUGUGUGUGUGUGUGUGUGUGUGUGUGUGUGUGUGUGUAACAGCUGCUUGUGCCCUGUGUAAAGGAAGGAAUCUUCUCUUCCUGAGAUCAAGCCAGGGGGAGACAGCAGAUGCACACGUGCACACAGGAAGGCUCUGGGGUUCCAACUGGAGCUCCAUGCCGGAGCCCCUCAUACCCUGCUCUGUGCAAUGCACACCCACUUGCUAACCUAAGAGCUGAAGAAAAACAAAGAAACACUUCCCCCUUCUAGAAACAGCCCCCGCCCCCCCAGUCAAAGAGAAUCCCUGAAGAACCCAAAGUGGAUUUCAGAAGUUUCCACUCUCAUCUUUAAGGAAUGGAUCUGGUCAUGGUGGAAUCUCAGUGUAUGGAAGGAAGAGGCGAGAGAAUUGUGGUUGUGUCAUUUUCAAUUUGCUAGUUUUAUGUACAUUAUUAUGUAUAUUAUAAAAAGAGAAAAACAAGGCA